AUGGCAAGUUCCUUUCCGUUGAUGCUCAAUUUGUACAUUUCUGGUGAUGAAUUGUACAGGAAAGUAGCAACAUGUUUCCAGCUGGAGAGGAGAGGAGAUCGUCGUGUUCGCUUCAUCCACAAAGAGGUAACAGAUAAACAAAUAAUGGAUGGAAGCAAAUAG